AUGUGCUUUAUGGAUCUGGAGGAGGCAUUUGACUGUGUCCCUCAUGAUGUCCUUUGGGUGGUGAUCCGGGAGUACAGGGUCCGAGGGUCUUUGUUAAGGCCUGACUGGUCCCUGUAUGACUGGAGCAGGAGCUGUGUGCUCAUUGAGUACCUGAUGCACUUCUAUGGCUACCGACCCGAGCAGAGGAGAGCAAAGAGGAGCACGCAGAAUGAAGUCGAUGCUGAUUGGUCCACGGGGUUUUGCGAAAAAAUAAAAGAGAUGCAGAAGUUUUUUGGGCUGCCUCCUAGUGGAGAGCUGAACAGAGACACGCUGGCUGUGAUGAAGAAACCCCGCUGUGGUCUGUCAGAUGUGGAACCGUUCGGGGAAACAGUGAGGUGGACCAAAAGCAAAAUCAGCUACAGAAUAGUUGGAAAAAAGCUGCCCAUCCCAUCCUCACAAGUCCGUAAGGUUUUUCGAGAAGCUUGGAAGGUGUGGUCCAGUGUGACGCCCAUGCAUUUUCAGAAGCGACGCCGAAGGGAAGCGGACAUCGUUAUUUCUUUCUACAAAGGAGACCACGAAGACGGCUCCCCGUUUGAUGGUAAACAGGGCAUCCUGGCUCACGCCUUCUUACCGGGCUCUGGGAUCGGAGGAGACGUGCACUUUGAUGCAGAUGAAGACUGGACCACUAACUCUACAGGCUACAAUCUGUUUGCUGUGGCUGUGCAUGAGUUCGGACAUGCCAUUGGCCUGGCCCACUCCUCAGACCCCGGUGCUGUCAUGUAUCCUUCAUACAACUUCAACAAUGAGCUGGAGCUGUCCUUUCGGGACGUCAAAGAUGUCCAACACUUGUACGGCAUUAGUCCAAACUUUGACUCAGUAUUUUCCAAAAAGCCUCCUCCCAAAACUCCUGACAAAUGUGAUCCGGACUUGUCUUUUGAUGCGGUAACUGAACUGCAACAAGAAGUGCUUUAUUUUAAAGACAGGUUCAUGUGGCGAACACAUCCACAAUUUGAUGAAACGCGCAUAUCUCUGAUCAACAGCCUGUGGCCAGAGAGUGUGCCCUCGCACCUGGAUGCGGCUUACAUGAACAUAGAGAGGAAUUUCAAUGUGUUUUUUAAAGGCGAUCAGUAUUGGAAGCUGACCCAGUUACAGCUUGAAGAAGGUUUUCCCAAAAACAUCUCAGACUUGGGCUUUCCCUCCAGAGUCAGAUCAGUGGAUGCCGCCCUUCACUUUCUAUUUGACCGAUACACAGUGUUCUUCACGGGAUACGAGUGUUGGAGGUACGAUGAACUGAUGAACACAAUGGAACACACACCAUCACUCAUAGAGCAAGAGUACCCCGGGAUUCCAGCUCCAGUUGAUGCUGCAGUUUACUCUGAUGGCUUUGUUCAGUUUUUCAAGGGACAUCUGUUUUAUACUUACGACCCUCACUCCAAACAAGUGCUCUCUACCGGCUCCAUCAAUGAACUAUUGGAGUGCACAAAGAGAACAGACAACGAAAUCAUCCCUGACUAA